AUGGAGGGGACAAAUGCCAAAAAUAAACCAGGAUAUGGACAUCACAAAAAAGAGACCUCUGUUGGCCGUCCACCACUGUCCCGUCAGUCCACAGCAGACUGUAGCGGUGAUGAGAUCAUUCAGCCCAGAAAGCUGAAUGGCUCCUCAGUGGAGACACCGAGUUAUCAGAACCUGCAGCGGGAGCUGCUGCUCAGCCAUAAACGGGGCCUACUUCUGGAGGAGAAGCCGGAGCUGAAGCGAGUGUUGGAGCAGCGCAGGCUGGAGCUGCAUAAAGAGGCGGAGAUGGCACAACGGCGGCCAUCAGAUCUGGAGAUGGAGCUUCGCAAGAGGCAGCAGAAGCUGCAAGAGUAUGAGCAGGAGGAGCUCAGGCGAAGAGAGAGCCAGCAGAAGAUCCCAGAGUUUGUCCGUGUGAGGAACAACCUGAGGCGCACACAAACAUUUGAGCAGUGA